AUGAAGAUUUAGUUGAAAUAAAAAAUUUAGGACUAUUAAUAGAGGAUAAUCUUGAUUACAAAAGUAAUAUUUAAUUUAAUUUAUUCUAGCGAAGAGGAAUAAUCUAAAAAGAUUAGUUGAUUGAAGCAUUAUAGAAUUAUCAGGAUUUGGUUCACCUCAAUCGUUAAUAUAGUUUGGCAUUCAUAAGAAUAGUUUAGAACAAUAUUAAACUUUUAGGAAGAGCAAUGAGACUAUAGGCCAUUAUCAUGAUAAAUUGA